CAAGAAACAAAAAUGCACGUGACCGCACCCUAACCCAACCCGGACGUGUCUCCGUCGAAAAACCGGAUUGAAUUAUCGGCGAUAGGUCCGAACAUUGUAAAUGGGGAUUUGGUUCUGGUUGGGGUCUCGGUCAAAAAAGAUACGCAGCAAAGGCGUGAGAACAGGGACGAGUUAGAGAGAUAGAGAGAGAGAGUAAGUAAGGAACUAGGAAGUCGGCGUCAGAGUCCAAAAUCAAAACCCUAAUUUUCCUCACACCGGUCCUUGAUUCCGCAUUUUGAUUUUGAUCGAUUCCUGUUUGGAGAAGAAGGCUAUGUGCUGGGUUUAUUAUUGGUUUGGUGUUUGAUUGUUUGGUGCUUUUCAGCUGAGGAUUCUUAUGCUAUUUGGGCAUUUAAGUUUCGGGGUCAAGUAAUGGAUUUGGUAGCCAGUUGCAAGGAAAAGUUGGCAUAUUUUAGAAUAAAAGAGCUUAAGGAUGUUCUCACUCACUUAGGUCUUUCAAAGCAGGGGAAGAAGCAGGACCUUGUUGACCGGAUAUUGGUUGUUUUAUCUGAUGAUCAAGUUUCUAAAUUGUGGGCAAAGAAGAAUGCUGUGGGGAAGGAACACGUGGCACAGCUUGUAGAUGACAUAUAUAGAAAAAUGCAAGUGUCUGCAGCCCCUGAUUUAGCGUCAAAGGGGCAGGGUGUCUCAGAUAGCAGUAAUGUGAAAGUCAAAGGGGAAAUUGAUGAUCACUCUUUUCAGUCAGAAACAAAGGUUCGGUGCCUCUGUGGGAUUUCAUCAGAAAAGGAGUCAAUGAUCAAGUGUGAGGAUCGGAGAUGCAAUGUGUGGCAGCACAUUAGUUGCGUUAUAAUUCCAGAGAAGCCUAUGGAAAGCCAUCCGUCGUAUCCUGACCCAUUUUAUUGUGAAAUUUGUCGACUUACUCGAGCUGAUCCCUUCUGGUUAUCCAUUGCUCAUCCUUUGUAUCCUGUGAAGUUGAGUACUACAAAUAUUCCAGCAGAUGGAAGCAAUCCGGUACAGAGUGUGGAGAGAACAUUUCAACUAACGAGGGCAGACAAGGAUUUAACGUUGAAACAAGAAUAUGAUGUUCAGGUUUGGUGUAUGCUUCUGAAUGACAAAGUAUCAUUCAGGAUGCAGUGGCCACAGUAUGCAGAUCUACAAGUUAAUGGUAUGCCUGUUCGUGCGAUUAAUAGACCAGGCUCUCAACUUCUUGGGGCUAAUGGUCGUGAUGAUGGUCCAAUUAUUACAACAUAUACGAAAGACGGGCUUAAUAAGAUUUCCUUGACUGGAUGUGAUGCUCGAAUUUUCUGUUUAGGGGUUCGCAUUGUGAAGCGACGAACUGUUCCUCAGAUCCUUAGCUUGAUUCCUAAGGAGUCUGAUGGCGAGCCAUUUGAAGAUGCACUUGCUCGUGUUCGGCGUUGCGUUGGUGGUGGCGCUGCAAAAGAUGAUGCUGAUAGUGACAGUGAUUUGGAAGUUGUUGCAGAUUCUUUUUCUGUCAAUCUUCGCUGUCCUAUGAGUGGUUCGAGAAUGAAGGUUGCUGGAAGGUUCAAACCUUGUGCUCACAUGGGCUGUUUUGAUCUUGAAGUUUUUGUGGAACUGAAUCAACGGUCAAGGAAGUGGCAGUGCCCUAUUUGUCUCAAGAACUAUUCUCUGGAAUAUAUCAUUGUUGACCCGUAUUUUAACAUUAUUACUAAGCUGAUGAGGCAUUGUGGAGAAGAUGUAGCAGAGAUUGAGGUUAAGCCUGAUGGGUCUUGGCGAGUGAAGACUAAAAGUGAAAGCGAACGUAGAGAUCUUGGUGAUCUUUGUCAAUGGCACUUACCAGACGGUACUCUCUGUCUUCCCUCUGAUGGAGAAAAAACUAAAACAGAAAUGCUGAAGCAAAUCAAACAGGAAGGUAUCUCAGAAAGUCAUCCUGGUUUGAAACUUGGAAUCAGGAAGAAUAGCAAUGGUUUUUGGGAAGUCAGCAAACCUGAAGAUACAAACACCUCUGCUGGUAAUAGAUUACAAGAUGGAUUCGGAAACUAUGAGCAAAAAGUUAUCCCAAUGAGCAGCAGUGCAACUGGAAGUGGCCGGGAUGGUGAAGAUCCAAGUGUAAAUCAAGAUGGUGGUGGAAAUUUUGACUUCGCCAACAAUGGAGUUGUUGAGAUGGAUUCUAUCUCUCUUAAUGUUGAUUCCAUGUAUGGUAUUCCUGACCAAAUGCCUUCUGCCCCGACUGGGGAUGAAGUUAUUGUACUCAGUGAUUCUGAUGAUGACAAUGACUUGUUUGCACAUUCUGGGUCCAUGUACAAAAAUCAUCGAACAGAUGGUGGGCUUGGUUUUUCCAUGCCGGCUCCUGCAAUUACUGAUUCUUAUCCAGAAGACCCAACCCUUGUGACUGGUGGUGGCUCAUGCUUGGGUCUUUUUAAUGCAACUGAUGAUGAAUUUGGAAUGCCGCUAUGGCAUAUGCCUACUGGAAAUCAAGCAGGGCCAGGUUUCCAGUUAUUUGGUUCAGAUGCAGAUGUCACUGAUGCUUUAGUUGAUCUGCAGCAUGGUUCUAUCAACUGUUCUUCAUCUAUGAAUGGUUAUACUUUGGCCUCGGAGACUGCCUUGGGAUCUGCUGCACUAGUCCCAAAUUCUGCUAUUGGUCGAUCAGAUACUGAUAUGAACGAUAGUUUAGUUGAUAAUCCAUUGGCCUUUGCUGGUGGUGAUGACCCAUCUCUUCAGUUAUUUCUCCCAUCUAAGCCUUCUGAUGCCUCAUUGCAGUCUGAUUUUAGAGAUCAUCCUGAUGUGUCAAAUGGCGUCGGCAGGGAGGAUUGGAUAUCUCUUAGGCUUGGAGAUGGUCCCAGUGGAAAUAAUGGUGAAUCGGCAACUCCAAGUGGACUCAAUCCGAAGCAACAAGUACCAUCUAAAGACGGUCCUGUGAAUUCUUUGGCUGACCAUGCUUCUUUGCUUCUUGGUAUGAAUGAUGGUAGAUCUGACAAGGCAAGUAGGCAAAGAUCAGAUAGUCCCUUCUCAUUUCCUCGCCAAAAGAGAUCUGUAAGGCCGAGAUUAUACCUUUCUAUUGACUUAGACUCCGAAUAGAGUGGAUCCUUGCUUAAGGAGAGUUAUCCAUGGUCUCAUUUGCCUGGAGAUAUUAUAUUAUCUGCCUCUCUGCAAGUCCAAGUUUUGUAUUUAGAGAAGUAAGAAGGUUGACAUAGCCUUUGGAUCUUGAAAGAUAAAUUCUUCAGAUGCAACAGGGCAUCUAAUAUAGUUGAAGGUAAAGAACAACAAGGACGAACUGUGCUGGUACCUGCAAAAUUUAUCCUUGAAUCGUUGUCAAUGAGGAUUGCAGGUCCAGCGCCCGAUUUUGUACAGGAUUUAAAUCUGAAAGAAAAGUCGGCAUUAACACAUCUGUAUCAGAAUGAAUGCCUUUGGAUUUAUCGGGGGAACCCCAUAAAGUAAUACCAACUAUCGUAAUUUUUUUUCCUUCCUAUUUUGGUCUCAGUUCUAUGGUGAGAGAAAUAGCCGCCUGUAAAUGUUCACUCAAAUCUCAGAUUUAGAUAUUUAUAUAAUGAUAUUACUAUUCUUUUCAGAUGAAUAUAAUUUGGCUGAGGUAGAUUUUGUUAUAAUAAAUUGCAUAUUGCAAUAAGAAAAACCUUGAUGGCAAUUACAAUACUACCUUAGAGCUCA